AUUCAGGCAGUCCUUGGGCACACUGGAGUGGUCCAUUAUUGAUGACGUCUCUGGUGAUUUGGAAGAUGUUGUAGCCGAAACUUGAUCAACAUUGCGUUGUUGUUGUUUUUUAAAUUAUUGUUAACAUAUGUUUACAAAUGCGUAGUACGUAUUAUAAGCCCCCAAAUGGCACAAACUGCACGUAUACCAAAUUGAAAGCUUCAGGUCCGGCUAAAGCAGACUCCUCCAGCCCAGCCAUGCCUCAGAAAAUCCAGAAGAACGCCCAGACUUCACACUACAUCGAGCUGGGAGGUUAUCAGUAUUGGCCCGUGCUGGUGCCCCGAGGAAUCAGACUGUACACCUACGAACAGAUCCCAGUGUUUCUGAGAGAGAACCCCUACAUCACAGAUGGAUACAGAGCCUACCUGCCGUCCAGACUGUGCAUCAAAAGCCUCUUCAUGCUGUCCAAUGAGACGGUGAAUAUCUGGAGCCAUCUGUUGGGCUUCCUGCUCUUUUUCUGCGUCGGGGUGUACAAUAUGGCCUCAGUGCUGCCGGCUGCCGGCGCCUCCAGAGAGGACUACGUCAUCUACUCCAUCGGAGUCUUCUGCUUCCAGCUGUGUAUGCUGUGUUCGGUGGGUUAUCACCUGUUCUGUUGCCACCGCUCAGAGAAGACCAGCCGUCGCUGGAUGGCGCUGGACUACGCGGGGGUUUCCAUUGGCAUCCUGGGCUGCUACGUCCCCGGAGUCUUCUACACCUUCUACUGCAAUAAUUACUGGCGGCAGGUGUACCUGGUGACGGUCCUGGCCAUGAUCCUGGCCGUCUUCUUCGCUCAGAUCCACCCUCAUUACCUCAGCAAGCAGUGGAAGCAGCUGCGCUCGCUCAUCUUCUGCUCGGUGGCCGGAUACGGCCUCAUCCCCACCGUCCACUGGAUCUGCAUCACCGGAGGCUUCUCCUCAGAGCUCGUCCAGGCUUUCGUUCCUCGAGUCCUGGGGAUGUACUUCCUCGCUGCAUUAGCUCUCAUUUUCUACGUUUCAAAAGUUCCUGAACGCUACUUCCCAGGUCAGCUGAACUACCUGGGCUCCAGUCACCAGGUGUGGCACCUGCUGCUGGUGCUGAUGUUUUAUUGGUGGCACCAGUCGUCAUGCUUCAUCAUGGCGUACAGACACAGCCAGCCCUGUCCUGACGCCCCCCAACACGCCUAGGACGCUGCGACCCCUGACUGUUCAACUGUUGGUGAAUGAAUGCUGCAUAUUCAAGAAUGCACAGGUGAAAGGCAGUGAGACACCACGGACAGCCCUUCAGUCCAUCUCUGUCACCACAGAUGGACACAUUCUUACCUGCAAGUGUCUGCAGUCCAGCUGACCUGUGAGUCUCUGUAAACGGGAGUCACACCUGUGACAUGUGUCGAGUGUAUACUUUUAAGAUAAAACAGGACCUCUGAGUGAUUGUAGGUAAACCGUCACAGUGGCUGAAACCAGUUUUGACCACAUUGUCACCAAAAAAAAAACACUGAAACUCUGUAGUCACACUACAAAGUCUGCAGAAUUUGAGGCAUGUGCACUGCGUUCAAAUUGACGUAACUUUGAAAGCGGCUUCCAUCACGGAUGCAGCCGCAAAAAACAAGAUUCAAAUAAGUUGGCAAGUUUAAGUCAAGUAGCAUUUUCUUUUUUAUGAGAUCACGUUUCUGCAAGUGCCUGUUAAUCAUGUAGCUCUUGUUACAUUAACUCCCAAAAGUUUUCAAUUCAUUCAGUUAUUUUUAAAGGUUUAUAAACCGGUGGUUCUCAAUCUGAAUCACAUUUCCCCCCCAAAAAUCUGUUUUGAAUAUAGUUCCAUUUUAUAAUAAAGACAGCUUGUUCUUUGAAAAUUUGAUUAACUGCCUUUAGGCUUCCUUCAGUAAGGAAGUACAAAAUCAAAAGUAAAAACCUUAAAAGGGAAAAUGAAAUGUUUUAGGUGUUAAUGUCAUCCCUCUGCAGUUGUGUUAACAGUAUGGGUGGAUGUGAGUAAACAAAUCUGUUUUUACAGUGUUGAGAUCUGAUCCUGAUCUAGACUCAACCCAACUCAUUUCUAACAGCGUUCUUUUUUCAAACUAUUACAAGUUAUUUGUGGUGAAACUGAGGUACUUCCUAAUGAAAACAAGCAAAAACUAAGCAGUAUCUUUCCACACAAUUACUGUUUAGAUGAGAAAAUCAAAAACUCAAAGCUCAAAAUUUUACCGUCAACAGUUUAUAUACAUGUAUGUUUUUAAUGUGUGCAGUAUUGGUGUUUCUGUUUCUUACUGCUGAGUGAGACAAACAGAUUGUGUUAGUUCCAUGAUGGUGAAAUAUACUUAAAUACAGGUGCUGCGUAUGUAGGUAAGACUCGAAGUACCUGAUGCUCCAGAAUUGAAUGUGUUUUUUCAUGUGGUCUUGUGUUAUGCUGCACUGCCUCUGUUCAAACUGACAUUGCACAGUUUAUUAAAAAUGUUGUGGAAUCCCUGAUUACCUUGAUUUUACAUUCUCUCCCUCACAUCUUUCUUUUGUUAUCUUCCAGCCCUAACCAGUGAAAGUUGAGGCUUAUUAAAAUGGGAAGUGGUCCGUUUUGGGGUGUUAAGGAGCAGCUCGGCCUCUAGGAGCUGCUAAGUGAGACUUUUAGGUCUUUAAACUGAGACUGUGUCCCAAUUCUAAACUUUAAACUAAUACUUAUGUCUACACUAUGAAGUAAUGUUGACAGUGCAUUACUUAGCAGUUUGUUCCAAAAGUACAUACAUUUCUUGUACACUCAAAUAUACAUAUACGCAACUAGUAGUAGAGAAAAUAUUUUUUACAGAAGCCACAGUGUGCAGACAUUUCAGCUGCCUGUACGUAUCAGUGUUUAAGCUUUAGUGCACCUGCACCAUGCUGGGGGAAACAGGACCAUGUCCUUCUACAUGUACUUUCAUUGUAUAGUAACAGAAAAUUAUAUAAGGCGAGCAACGAUGAACAAACUUAGGAACGCUUCUACCAAUUUCAAAUCGCAUUUUUUAGCACUUUAAGUGUAUGUUACUGUCAAGUUAAAAUUUGUUUGAAAUUUGGACACAGUUUUGUAUUUAAGGAUUCAAGCACUGAUUUAACAGUUCAUAUUGCAACUGCAACUUUUCUAGACUGUGCAGCCCUGUUAUCUAUUUUAGAUUCAGAUGACUUUACUACUUUUGCUUUUUCUCUCGUUAGAAUUUAGACUUUUUUGGGGGGGGGUUGCUUUUUCUGCCUGAACAGGAGAAUCUUCCACUGUCAAACUCAAAAAGUGUUUUCAGACACUUUUUCUCCAGCUCAUUUAGGGUGAUGUGCAAUGUUAAAGAUCAACUGUUGUUUUGUAUUUAAAUGGCUUCAUUCCAAAAUGCAACACAUCCAUGUUGGAAAGAAGUCAUCUAAAAUUAAUUACUCAAAAUUUCAAAAAUGUAAAUGUAUAAAUUCUCAAAUGUUACACUUUUGUAAGCUCAGUGCUUGAAAAUUAAAUGCAUGUCACAUUAGCAUUUCUGUUUGUCAUCACUGAAUUACAACAAUGUCCAGUUUAAUGGUAGGAAAGUCAUUUGUUUUCUAUGUGCUAUUUAAUGUUUUUAAGUUUUAGACCGAGAAAAAUGUUCUCUGGUAUUAUUUCAUUCUUUUUGUUGUUCUGUAUUUAAAUUAUUCAUUAUGAACCUGUUCUGUACUGUCUGUAAUGGUUUCUCUUGUUUUUGAUAGGUUUUAAGACUCUUUUGUAGCAGCAGACAUUUUGUAUCAACUUUUCAUACCUGAGCAAUCAAACUGCUGAACUUGACUCUAAAUAAAAUUAACCAUGCACUGUU